CCCAGAUUUUCCAGUCAUUUGCUGUGAGUCGUGAGCAUGAAUCAGGUGUGGCUCUUCUUCAAGCUCCUGGAGAUGAUUGCGGGCUGCGCCUGCAUCUACGUACACCGCGUGGGCACGCUCAAUGAGGAGCCGAUGAGCCACAACAUGUUCUUCUGCGGCACCUUCGUGGGCUUCGUGGUGUUCGAAGCGAUCACCUGCGUGCGGCUGGUGAUGGGAAUGCGCACGCUGCUGCGCCCGAUGCUCUUCAUCGGCGUCCUGGCCUUCUGCAUGCACGUCCUGUGCGCUCUGGUGUCCAUGAGGUACGCCGAGGUCGACUUUCACCUGCUGUUCAUGACCGACGUGGGCGAGAAUUCGCACAUGUACUUCAGGAAUUGCCGAAUGCAGAGCAUCGUCUCGAUGGUGGCUGCGGGCAUCCAUCUGAUCGAGAGCGUGCUGGUGCUGGACAUCAUCGUGAAGAUACCGAAGACGGAUCAGUUCCGGAUGGAGGUGGUCACCGAGCCACCGACGCUCGACGACGCCUGGGAGAAGCUGAACAGCGACGAGCGCGACACCUGGGCCAGAAUAUCGGCCGACGUCUUCCUGCUGGGCAAGGACUUUGACUACUGGCUGCGCGUCAAGUCCAAGUGGUUUUGCAAGCUGGCCGGCAAUCAGCAGAUAAUUGUGCUGCCCGAUGUGCGCUCGCACUCUGAAACCUCGGAAACUGCACUCAGCGUAGUUAGUAUGACUGACAUCUGAGGACACGGCCUGCAGCACACUCAACACGAUUCACGACUCAAGCU